GAGCCAGGACUUGGGGACUUGAUUGUUGUGGUUCUUCUUCUUCUUCUUGGGGGCUGUGAAAUUUGUUUCUUUUCUUUUUUUUCCGGAGAGAAAGUUUUUGGAAGGAUUCGUCUAGAUACCUCUUCGUUUUAUUUUGGGAAGACUGACUUACUUUUUUCGUCUUAUUUGUUACUCCCCUCCCCAAGUGGGACCUGCCGGACGCGCGGAGGAGACAUCACCCAAAGCGGAUUCUGUACAGCGGAACAGCACUUUCCGCCUUUGGGGGAGCGAGGCCCCCUGCCCCGCCUCGCCGCUGGGUUCUACGGAGCCUGGACUUUCAGGAGGCACAGCGGCAUCGGGUCGAGGAUUGGACACCGCAGUGAGAUUGCACAGAAACUUUGCUAUUGUUGGAGUAGGAAGGUGCCCGCUCUCCGAGCUUCCCCGAACAGCACACUUUGGGGACGUGUUCGGCUCACCCCGGACUCGCAUCUCACUUGCUCCACCCGGCCAUAGCCUUGGCUUCCCGGCGACCUCAGCGUGGUCACAGGGGUCCCCCUGUGCCCAGGGAAAUGUUUCAGGCUUUCCCCGGAGACUACGACUCCGGCUCCCGGUGCAGCUCCUCACCCUCCGCCGAGUCUCAGUAUCUGUCUUCGGUGGACUCCUUCGGCAGUCCACCCACCGCCGCCGCCUCCCAGGAGUGCGCCGGUCUCGGGGAAAUGCCCGGUUCCUUCGUGCCCACGGUCACCGCGAUCACAACCAGCCAGGACCUCCAGUGGCUUGUGCAACCCACCCUCAUCUCUUCCAUGGCCCAGUCCCAGGGGCAGCCACUGGCCUCCCAGCCCCCAGCCAUCGACCCCUACGAUAUGCCAGGAACCAGCUACUCCACACCAGGCAUGAGUAGCUACAGCAGUGGCGGAGCUAGUGGCAGUGGCGGGCCUUCCACCAGCGGAACCACCAGUGGACCUGGGCCUGCCCGCCCAGCCAGAGCCCGGCCUAGGAGACCCCGAGAGGAGACGCUUACCCCAGAGGAAGAAGAGAAACGAAGGGUUCGCCGGGAACGGAACAAGCUAGCAGCAGCUAAGUGCAGGAACCGUCGGAGGGAGCUGACUGACAGACUCCAGGCGGAGACAGAUCAGUUGGAGGAAGAAAAGGCAGAGCUGGAGUCGGAGAUCGCCGAGCUCCAAAAGGAAAAGGAACGUCUGGAGUUUGUGCUGGUGGCCCACAAACCGGGCUGCAAGAUCCCCUACGAAGAGGGGCCCGGGCCAGGCCCGUUGGCGGAGGUGAGAGAUUUGCCGGGGUCAGCAUCCGCUAAGGAAGAUGGUUUCAGCUGGCUGCUGCCGCCCCCGCCACCACCGCCCCUGCCCUUCCAGACCAGCCAAGACGCACCCCCCAACCUGACAGCUUCUCUCUUUACACACAGUGAAGUUCAAGUCCUCGGCGACCCCUUCCCCGUUGUUAACCCUUCGUACACUUCCUCGUUUGUCCUCACCUGCCCGGAGGUCUCCGCGUUCGCCGGCGCCCAACGCACCAGCGGCAGUGACCAGCCUUCCGACCCCCUGAACUCGCCCUCCCUUCUUGCUCUGUGAACUCUUUAGACACACAAAACAAACAAACACACAAGGGAGAGAGAUUUGGAAGAGGAGGAGGAGAGAGGGGAAGAAACAAAGUGGGUGUGUGGCCUCUCUGGCUCUUCUGUCUGACCCUCUGCCGCCACUGCCAUCGGACAGAAGGACCUUCUUGUGUUUUGUGCAACCUCUUGUUUCUGUGCCCCGGCGAGGCCGGAGAG